GCUGAUACAACGUUAAGUAGUGUUUAUAGUUUGUCUGGACAGACUAAGGCCAUUAUAGUGGCGGGUAUAUAUCGGAUGAUAUUUUCAGUUAUCAAUUUGUUAUUUCACCUUGUGUUAUUUGUUAUCGCGGAGUCAGACGUUGUGGACUAUGAAUGAUACCCAUAAUUGGGUAUAUAAGCCGUUUGACAGCGUGGUACUCGGUGUAUAUGAAUUAUUAGAACUCCUACACAGUGCUUGGAAUAUGUUCGACUCUACAACCACAGCCAAAGCCAUCGGUGGUGUCGGCAUCCCCGAUGUUUGUUACACGGAACUCUUUCAGAGGCGAUAUCUGUUUUACGGACAAUGCCUGCUGACGUUUGUGGUGAAGAUUUAUGGUUAUGUAUUAAUUGGAUCUAUGAUUCUUGGACAAAUUCCUCAAAUUUUUAAAGUUCUCAAAAGACGGAAUGGCUCUGGAAUCAAUGUCAUGAGCACGCUUCUCAUGUUAGAAGCAUCAUCCUCAAUAGUAGCAUACUCCGUUUGGAAGCAGUUUCCGAUUAAUACUUGGGGCGAGAAUCUCGUGUUUAUGGUAGAGAAUGUUAUCCUGGUUUGCCUGUUACUGCAGUACAACAGACGCCCUCUGUCGGCUCUACUGUUUAUGCUGCUCUAUACUGUAGUUAUGCUGGCGCUCCUGCUUCCUCUGCUGCCUACCACUUUCCUUAUCUCAUUAAACAUUCUCAGCAUGCCUGUUCUCAGUGUUAGCCGGGUGAUGCAAAUCUACACGAAUUAUAAGAACCAUGGUACUGGUCAACUGUCCGCGGCCACAGCCUUCCUCAGCACGUUCCAAAGUUUCGGGAGGUUCACAUCCUCUCUUCUACUGACCAUGGACAAAAUAAUGAUCUUCACCUUCGUCCAGGCAAGUCUGUUGAACAUCAUAAUCACAGGUCAGAUUGUUUACUACAGAAGGAAAGAAAAGAAGGUCAAGAGAGUGACGUGAAACACUGGAGCAAUGACAGGACUCAGCGUGUCCUGAGUGUUACAUGAACAACUUCCAGAUCAGGGUUAAGAAAUCUAGUGUGCCAAAUAUGAUCACUGCAUAAUCCUCCCAAAGUGUAAAACAUGACAAAGUGCAUAGCCACGUGAUCAGAAUGUAGAGAUCUGUAAGGGCUACAUGUAUGUUGUUUUAAGGGGAAUUGAAUCCGCCCACUUGCAGUAAAAAUCUCAAAGACAGAACUGAAGAUUUGUUUAUGACAUUGAAUUAUGCCUGUUUGUAUAUAUAUAUAUAUAUAUAUAGGAUCUCCCAUGAUUUGUAGUUGGAUAUGAUUUUUAUCCAACGAGUUAUGUGGGUUUUUUUUUUUAUCCCCGAGCCUUGGCGAGGGGAUAAAAACACACAACGAGUGGGAUAAAAGUCAUAUCCAACUACAAAUCAUGGGAGAUUCUUUUUAUCCCAUGUUUAAUACUUCACAACCAAUGUUUAACGCUGUUUUAUAUAGGACUCCACUUUAUUCUACUUCAUCACUCUAACGCAAAAACCAUUGUGACGUCACAACUGCACUUAACUGUGGAAUAUAAAAAAAUUAUCCGAUGAGUCAUAUCCACGGGAUAAAGGGGUAAAUAUGGGAUAAAUUUUUUUCUUCACUGAAUACAACAAUGUAAAAUAAAAUUAGUUGCAUUCAUGCGACAUGAAGUGUUGUUUAUGAUGGUCUCAUUAAAACAAUUGGUAAAAUUA